AUGCAGCCAUCAAUCCUCCUAUCGACUGCCUUUCUGGUAGUCACCACGAUAGCACACUCUGCAUCACUCAAUACAUCCCGCGAAUACAGCCUCUGGACCUGCCUCAAGCCAAACCAAACUGGCACGGAAGCCUACGAAGGCCUCCAGCUCUCAACCUACCACACCGGAGCCGGGGAAAGCGACAUCGUCUUCACUGAGUUGAGCGACAAUUACACUGUCAAAGGCUGGCUCACACCAGCUUCCAACGCCACGAACGACAUCGACAAUAACUACCAGGAGCUCGACCUCGGCACUCCUAACUAUCCGUGGACUAUGCUCUUGGCCACCAACGUCAACUUCUACGCCGCCUGGGAGCCCGUUCGCGUCUUCGUGGGUAGUGGCAGCAACUCCUCAGAGUAUGGCGUUCAGAAUGGCUUCUUCAUCAAUGAGACUGGUCUACAGUGGACGUCUGCACCUCAUGGCGCGGGUGGGGCUGCGGACUACUUCGGUGGAUGGCUUGUAUGCGACUGGUGGCAUGAAGUCCCACAGCUCUUCGUCCGCAACAGAUACUACAACGAAAACCCGCCUUACGCUCCGACCAGUUGUGCUGAUGUUGAUCUUGUGCCGUAUUACUACUGA